AUGCCCAGAAAACAUGCCGAGAGGAGCCACCGCCAGCAUGAGCCUUUCACAAUAACCUUCAUUAUGGACGUGUGGAAUAACAGACAAAUACCCAGGCCUCCAGAAUACACUUUAAAGUAUUCGGCCGAAGAGAUAAGGGAGAAGAAUUUCGAUGUCUGUCUCCAAGCCCUGUUAGAAGCCAUUCUUUGUGGCCACGCAGCCCUCAACCAUUAUGAGGUGAUUGGGUGUUGGAAGCGUGAGGCUGCAAUCCUCUCCACGACAUUGUGCCAAGAAAUAAGACAUCGUAAAGACAAAUAUUUCAGAGUCUUGAAAAAGGUAAAUAAAACUGUCCAAAGAUGGGAUGAACUGAAGAUUGAUGAAUAUUUAACAGUUCUACAGUCCUUGACACCAAAGGUUCCAGACUGGAACAAAAGUGUUCGUGUGCCUUCAAAACAGAUGUACGAGUACCUUCUAGUGCGAGUCGUCGGAGGUUUCCAUCUGCUCCUUUGCAUAGAAGGUUAUUGUCGUGAAGCUGCUGGAUACCUCGUGAUGAAGAUGAGGACUGGUUAUUUCUUCAAUAUAGCCUCUGCUUUUAUAGCCAAUGUGGCCAGAAUAAGAGCUCUUGCACUAGAUUUAGCUGGGCAGUUGGCAGAACUGUAUGAUGCAGUUUACCCCUUGUUAGACAACUUAAAAGGGACCUCUGCUUCCUCCCUUUUUGAGAAGAAGGAUCAUCCCUCAAGCCUCAAUACUGAACUCAUGAACUAUUGCAAAUCCCUAAAAUUGACAAAUGACGACAAUGCAAGGAGAAGCAAAACUGGCCCAGACUUGCUAGCCUUCCUGCACAUCCUCAAAGACGAUGAGGCAAAUGAAACUACCUUUCUGGAGGCAGUGGAAUCAGCAGAAGUAAACCCAGCAGAAAUCAGAAGUGAAGAACAGCAAGAAAAAAGCAGUAACAAAAAGAGUGAGAAAUCAGACAAAGACAAUGACUGUAGUGAGAUAAUGAAAUUACUAGAAGAUGUCGGUCAUGAGCAAGAUGAUUUGCCUCCAUGUGGUGAAGAUAUAGGGGUUUCUGCUAAUGAUGAUCCUUUAAGCUUCACUAGUAAACUGAAGAACUACUGCAAAUCCAAGGACAAAAAUUACAACGAAGCAUUAAAGUUACUGAAUGACAUAAGUCAAGAGGAAGAAAACGGUACGUUAUCCAUGCCAGAAGAUUUAGGGGUUCCUGUCAACAAGGGAAAUGAGGAAAGUAAUGAGGGCUGCAUGGCAGAAAAGGAAGACAUUGGGGUGUGUGUGAAGAAGAAGAAAAAGAGAAAGAGAGAGAAUAUGGAAGGAAAUUCUUUAACACCAGUAAAGAAAUUUAAUGAAAAUAAAGAAGGAAAUUCUAACCAGUCUCCCAACAGUAAGAAGGUGGAGCAAAAUGGAUUUUCAAACAAAAGAAAGCGGACUGGGGAUGAUUCAGCAAAAAAUAAAAGAAUAAAAAGUCAUAACAAGCAGACCAAUUCUAGUGAUGGUCAUUCCAAGUUUAAGAAGAAGAAGAAAAACAAAUUUAAAAAAGCAGGUAGAGAAAGGUAAAGCCAUAUUUGAUUGUGAUACCAGCAUUAAGAUUUUAUAUAUUUAUGUAAAAUUACGUUAGACAGAUUGUACUUCGACUUUUCAUAAUUUUCAAGGAACUUCAGAAUUUUAAUAAAUACUUCAGAAUU